UGAGUGAGUCAGACGGACGGACGGACGGACGGGGGAAGGGGAUAGAGAGCUGCCGCCUCCCGGACCCCCAGGCAGCGCCGCUCUCACUGCCCCAAGUGGGACUCCUGACCGGGGCAGCAGCGGGAUCCGGAGGGACAAGCCCGGAGUUUAGCGGGAGGAGGCGGAGGAUGGAGCGGGGCCGGGAGCAGAGGCACAGCCGGAGCCCUUACUAUUGCUCGGCACAAAGGGACGACUGACCCAGGGUGACCCGGUGAAAUGAUCUCCGCUUGGUGUGGCCCCUCUCCUUGUAUCACAAAUGAUCAGCUUCAGUAGGUGCAGCGAAGCCCAGAAGUGUCCUGUCUCUCGCAGGGGUGAGACGCACUACCAUGUGGGCAGAGGGCGUCAGUGUGGGAAGAUGAACAGUUUGGCAUCAUGUCUUAGCCGGGUGAUUGUGCUUCUCGCCGUGACUGCUGUCUCGCUGUCUGUCUCUUCAUCUAAAUGGGGAGAGGAAGGGGUUUUAUAUGGAAAGAUUGGAGGAAACAUCACAUUAAUGUGCAACGCUAGUAACGACAGUUUGGUGGCCGAGUGGCGGUUCAAUGGCACGCCAGAUAUCUCCUGGGGCUUCUUCACCGAUAUAGGGCACUUGGAGCUGCCCCAUGCCCACCAUUCAGCCACGGGCAACUACAGCUGCUACAGUCACUCUGGGGACCUGCUGAGUUCUGUGCUGCUCAGAAUGGGAUACCCCCCGGGAACCCCAUCGGUCUUCUGUAGAGCUUCAGAUUAUGAGAACUUUUCCUGUUUUUGGAAAUCCAGUGUCGAGACGCUGCUCCCUACCAGAUUCACGGCUUCCUACCGGAGCAGGAAUCACAUGAUUGGGGUGUGCCUGCAGGAACCGGUGCGGCCCAAUAUGUGCUCCGUCAGGAAGUCCGAGUUCUGGAGCUCCUACCAGAUGAACAUCACAGAGGAAAACCCGCUGGGAUCCAGUUUCCGGCUGCUGGAUGUCACCAUGCAGUCUAUAGUCAAACCGGACCCUCCAGAGAACCUGUUGGUGGAACCAAUCCCAUUCGCUCCCAGGCGGCUCCGUGUCAGUUGGGAUUAUCCUUCCACUUGGCCCAAAGAGCCUCAUUUCCAGCUCAAGUUCCGCGUACAGUAUCGACCCGUGCAGCAUCCCCUGUGGUCUGAGGUGGAAACCGCCAACCUCUCUGACAUCAUAACAGAUGCGUUUGCAGGAAUGGAACAUGUGAUUCAGGUUAGCGCCAAGGAUUUCCUGGACGCCGGGAACUGGAGCGACUGGAGUGUGGAAGUCAGAGCUACGCCAUGGACCAGGGAAAUAGACAUCACCACGCCGACCAGCGAGGAAACCCUGACGGACUUAGGGGAACCUCAAAUUGACAAUCCGAUUGAUGUGCACACUGACCCCCUGGAGAAAGUUGCCAUCCUGAUCUCUCUGGGCAUCUUUGCAUUUGUGGUGCUGGCGCUGUUCCUGAUUAUGGGGGUGCUCAUCUGGGUGCGAGUGCGGAAGAAGGGAAUGGAGAACGGGAUGAAACCAGACUUCCUAUCGGUCAUUCACAUGAAGGCUUUGCCCAAGGUGCAGAUUUUAUAGCCCCCCCCCCCCCCAUCCCAGCAAGAUGUGAGAUUGCGGAGCACGUAAGGAAGAGCGGAACCAGUUGUGGGGCCCCUGCGUUACUUUCCCAUUGGGGCCCCCCCCGUGUUACUUUCCCAUUGGGGCCCCCCCCCCCGUUACUUUCCCAUUGGGGCCCCACAGACCAGCGGCCGCUGUUGAUGAGGAAGACUCCUUCAUUCAGAAGCGACAGCUCCGUGCUUCAUCGCCCAGGGGAGAAACCAGCUUUUCUAUAUGGCAACGUCAUAGCAACGGGCCCUCCGGUUCUGAUCAGAACCAGGGACAGGAGAUGCUGCUACUCCAUAGAACCUCCUCUGUUUAUAUAUGUACUGUAUAUACGUGUGUGUUAGAGAGCCGGCACUGCCCCGCCCACACUGCAUCUCUAACACCAAUCACGGAUCUGGAUCCGGUUCUGUUGGGUUCAUCCCUCUGCCAAGGACCCAGUGUUGGUUACAGACUGUUACAGUUAUUAAAGCUACGUACCAGCGGGAAUCUCUCUGCCAGUACCUGUGGGCCACACGGACGGUACCGGGUCUCCGGUCAGAACUUUAUUUUCUAUGUAAAUAAGAACUUUCUGUGCAUUCCGACACCAGCGCCGCCAUUUGCCGGAUGUUGGAAUCCGCGGAUGAAGGAGAUAAAGCACAAAUGGUUUUAUUAUAGAGGGGCAACCGCCAUAUUGCUGGGGGGGGCAAAAUGGUGCUAAGUGCCAGUCAUUGGGUUCUGUUGGGUCUCACUGGCACUUGGGAAGGUUCUGGGGUUGGAGAGAGAGAGGGGGGGGGGGCAAAACCACAUUAUGUAAGUUGGGGGGGAGUUAUGGUUUAUUUAAUGGAAGCGGUAUAUAAAGGACAGGAAUUAAAGGGGAACUAAACCAUAGCCUAAAUGUCAUUCUAAGCAACUUCCCAGAAUCCAUUCAUUGGUCUGAAACACUUCCCACAAUGCCUUGCAUGGUCUGCCUUCAGCUUCCUUCUGCUUGGUUGUUCAGGAGUCGGAACCAUCAGUGCAGGGAACAGUGGAAUGAAUGUAUAUCCAGAAGUUGCUUAGAGUGAUUCUUGAGUCUCUCAUGGAGGGAUGGGGGGGAACCAGUAACUCCCUCUCCCGGAUGUACUGGAGGAUAUCUAAGCUCUACACAGAAGGUGCCUGUGGGAGCUGCCAUACUGCCCCUUCCUGCGUCUGGAGAAAUAACCUGAACUGAACACUAACUGCCUCUCACUAUGCUGUGCUACAGACUGAACUACAACUCCCAGCAUCCCCAGACAAUAAAUGGCAUUAUAGCAUUACAUACCAUGGGGGGGGGGGGGGGCACAUAUACGCAGCAUUAUUAGGGGUUACUGUACCGGCAUUUUAUUUGGUAAAUCCCCUUCCCCCCACGUUAGUAAAUACCUCAUACCUCAUUCAUUCUCAUGUUAUUCUCUGCAGUCCCGGAGCAUUAAUACCCCCAUAUAUAUAUAUAUAUAUAUAUAUAUAUAUUUAUAUAACCUGUUCUUUGUACAGAGACACCUCCCCUUAUACCGGGUUCAAGGGGUUCCUUUUGGGGUGCAAGUAGCAAAACUACUUCUGUUCAUGAGUCGCUUUUCCAUUUUGUACGGAAUAUAACGAAUAGAAUGUGGAGAAGACAUUAAAUAGGGGGAAUGUCAUAUUUGUUUACUUACCCUUUAUCUCACAGUAAGGGGGGGGGGGGGCAGAGCUUUCCCCCCUCCCUACACACAGCAGUGCCCAGUGGGGCAACUCCAUACAUCAUCAGGAGUGAGACCAAUCAGAGGCCCCCAUGUCAGAGAGGGACCCCCAAGAGAUGUGAAGGGCAAACAGGUUGGUGCUUGUAACGGAACCAUUGGGGCUCAGAGCCCAGGAAAAACUUGCACCCCCUCCUUCCUGUUUCACCCCCACUGUCCAAUCAAUAAGUGCACAGGGGUACAGGGUAAUAGGGGCAUGACAGUAAAGGGGAUCAGGUACUGCGUCAGCCGGGGCAAGCGAUAUGGCAGCUCCCACCCAUACAUUUAUAUAUAGAAAUCCGUACCGACAGCCAGAGCCUGUUCUGAGCCCCCAAUUAUCCAGUGCUGAUUUGUAUCAUGGAAAAGAAAGUGUUUACUUACCCUUUACUUGCUACCUAUCGGUUUCUGUGGAUUGAUUUUCAGUGUAAAAAAUCAUAGAAAGUUGUGAUUGAAGGGCGGUGCGCUGCUGCCAUCUAGUGGAAGAAAGCGGUACAGCUCCAGUCCUUCGGUCACUGCUGGAAUGUUGAAACCAAUAAGGAUAUUUCCAGGACCCCCCCCCCCUCGGAGUCGGUGAGGAGUCUAUUUUGGGGAAAGAAUAUUGGAAAGAACCAAAAGAGAAGCAUUUGUUCCAGUGUUAGUAACCCAUAGCAACCCAUCAGAGAUGUAAAGCCGCUUCCUGAUUGGUUGCUAUUGGUAUAUGUUGUACAUGUUGCUCCUCCCCUUUAUCCAGUGGGGCAAAGCUCAAAAUGUAGGAGUUGUGUUGGUUAAACGGGAAAGUUAAACCUAACUUUUAUUUGAAGGUAGACAGUGCCUUAACAAUCAAUUUUAGUUUUGGUUUCUAGGGCAAAGAACCUUAGCAACAAGGGAGCUUUCAGCAUUUGAGACUGGAGAGACAUAGAGAAACAGAAAGGCAAAUACCAUAUAAUAUCAAUACAAGUUGGUGUCCAACAAGUGAUGGCCGUUCCGGUUGCGUUGAACUACAAGUGUCUGGGACCUGCCAGGAAUGCUGGGAAUUGUGGGGGCAGAGGGUUGUUGGGAGUUUUUGCAGCAUGGCAGCAGCUGGGUUAAGCUACACGGCCUCCUCAGAAGCAGAUGUUUGUAUUGCAGCCUCGCUAAGGAUGCUGGGAGUUCCCAUCAGCUCAAGGGGUGGAGCUUGAAAUGUCCCCCUUUUUGGGAAUGUUCUACCGUAUGAAUGACGUGAUGUGUACGUUCUGCCUCUCCUGUAUAUAAUAUAUAUAUAUAUUCCUGCACAACUGACACAUAACUGCAUUUUUUGGAGAAAAAUAAAACCUCAGUUGGUAAAUAACGA